AUGAAGCCUCUACACUCACUUCUAAUAUUACCAUUCCUUAUUAUAAACACCCUUGGCCUUUCCCCAGUGGCAGUUCCAGACACCUACUCGUCCACUUACGAGAAUCGGACCUUUAACCACAAUGUUAUUCAGGCAUUCGCACGUCUAAACGGCACUUGGUCCCCCAAGAUUCGUUCAUAUACAACCUUGGAGGAUCUGGCAAGUAUUCUAUCAGGACAAUGGGCUUUUCUCGGCAAUGCUACAAAAUCUUCAGCCUACACGGAUCGUCGAAGCCAUCACGUUCACAGAGCCUGGGAAGACGAAAUAAACCUCGCCCGCGCAGCCCACAUCGACGGCUUCGCACUCAACUUUGGAUCCGGCGUGCCCUACGACGUAGCAAUCCUCAAGGCCGUCAUUGCCGCCAACAAAGUAGGCUUCAAAUUCGUUUUCUCAUUUGACUACGCCGGCAAACCGCUGGUCUCAACUUUUGAGGGUUCGGCGAAUGCGGUGGACUGGGUGGAGAUCAAGGCCGCAGUCGACUGUUUCUUUAUGCCGGAUUGGUCGUCCCUGGGCGCUAAGGAUGCGCUGGCACUCAAAACAGCGGAUGGGUUGUUCAACUGGGCAGCUUGGCCUUGGGGAAAUACGGAUAUGGAUACUUAUGUUGAUGCAUCGUAUUUGGAUUAUUUGGAGAGGGAUGAUGGGAAGCCUUAUAUGAUGCCCGUUUCGCCGUGGUUUUAUACUAAUUUACCUGGGUAUAACAAGAAUUGGCUCUGGCGCGGAGACAACCUGUGGAGAGAUCGCUGGGAAGAGGUCAUGGUUGUGCAGCCGGACCUGGUCCAGAUCAUCAGCUGGAACGACUUCGGAGAGUCACACUACAUCGGUCCAUUGCCAAAGGGCGACUACAAGGCCUUUGAGGUCGGAAAAGCCCCCUACGACUACAUAACCGGGAUGCCACACGAUGCCUGGCGCAAGCUCCUGCCAUACUGGAUCGACACGUACAAAAAGGGCAAGGCAUCGAUCUCGGAAGAACUGGUAGUUGGCUGGUACCGUCCGAACCCGGCCGCGGCUUGCAAUAGUGGCGGGACAUCCGGCAACACGGCCCAGCAGUUUCAGAUUGAGUUUGACCCUGCGGAAGUUGCGCAGGAUAUCAUUGUCUUCUCCGCGGUUUUGGCCUCCGAUGCUAGUAUAUCUGUGAUGGUGGGUGGAGUGGCACUCCCCGCGAAAUGGGAAAACAAACCCAGCGGUGGUGUGGGUGUUUAUCAUGGGAGCGUGGCUUACGGCGGUAAUCGCGGGGCUGUCAAGAUCACCAUCUCGCGCUCCGGGAAUACGAUUGCGUCGUUUACUGGGACGGAUAUUACCACGAGUUGUCCGGACGGCUACACCAACUGGAACGCGUGGGGCACGGCAAAGGGCAACUUCAAGGGCCUUUGCGAGUUUACCUGCAGCUACGGAUACUGUCCUACUGGCGCCUGUGUCUGCCUGGAGCUCGGACCGCCGAAGAAGCUCCCAGAGCCAACGGGGGUGAAAGGGUACCCAAUUGCCGGUGAGGGGUCUAGCUAUAUUGGUCUCUGUGACUUUGCCUGUAAUUAUGGCCAUUGCCCGCCCAGCGCAUGCGGGACAACUGAGGUUGCCCUGACCGAGCCCACGGUGUCGCCUUUCCUCCCAUCAGCCUGCACUUCUGGCACGGGGAACGAUAACUUUAUUGGCCUUUGCCAGUAUGCAUGCGACUUUGGAUUCUGCCCGAUCAAGCACUGCACCUGCACCUCGACCGGGACAUUGGUCCCUCCGCCUGCUCAGGAUUUAGACUACGAUGGUGAAUGGACACUAGAAGGCGACGACUCGGGCCUCUGCAGCUUUGCCUGCUCACGCAGCUACUGCCCCGAGACCGCCUGCAAAAGUUACCGCCCCAACGAGGUCGUCAUGUGCAACGAUGACUCUGAAGACCCCCAAUGCCUAACAGACGCCCUCGCAGACUCCGAAGCAUGCGACCUGUCACUAACAUUCAACACAAUGACCGAUCUCGAGAACUCCCUCUCCACAAUUCCCAGCGGCUGCACCGGUAUUCACACUAUGCAAGUCCUCCUCAAACUCCUGAAGAGCACCAAAGCAAACUACACAGCCGUCGACAACGACUACGACUACUGGUUCAAUUACUACGUCAAGUAUAUGCACCGGGUCGUCCCGGAGCAAAUCUGGAGCUUUGUCUCCUAUGGCAACAAAGGGCCUGGCAAUAAAUACUUCGACUGCACGCUUCGCGAUGACGAGCACCAUGACCCGCAGACCUGCCCUGUUGGAUCCCUCGUGAUGUCUUACCACGUCGACUACGACUUUAAUGACGAGGAGGGAUUCUGGAAUGACGCAGCCGAGCGCGGGAUCCAGAAAGACUGGAUUAGUUUUGAGGACUGGGAUAUUACGAAACCUUGUCCGCCUAAGAUCCCUCUGCACCCAGAUACGUGUCGGGAUGGUAUGGUUGUGUUGGAAGAUUACCCGCAUCCAGCGGAUAACAUGACUUUCGUGAAUCCCAAGGAUAUUCUAAGCAAAAGCAACGGCAGAUUCGACCAGUUGGAGCUGGACAUUGCAACGACCUGGACGGAGAUGAUGUUUGGCUUUUGGGACGGGGACUUCGACGACGCAGCCGAGGCUGUCUCACUUCCUGUAUUUAUGCUGGCGCAGGCAGUCGAGUCAAUGGAGCAGGUCAAACAGCUCGGCAUGGAAGAAAAGAAAUACGAGGAGACAGAGCUAAUCAUGAAGAUUCUUACCGCUAUUCUGGUCGUUAUGCCCUUUGCCGGGGAGAUCGUCGGUGAGAUUGCGGGGCUAGCUUGGGUGGUUGAGGCCGCGAUUGUUGUUGAUAUUGUUGGCAACGCGGCGAUGAGCGUGUAUGAUGCUGUCAAGAACAAGGGGAGCCCUGCCAUGGCGGUGCUAGAUUUGCUUUUGGGUUCUGCGAGGGUGAGGACGGGGAAGAAUUAUUCGCAUGCGGCGUCGAAGAGGCGGGAGAUGGGGGCGGAGGAUGUUAGCAAGUUUGGGGAUGUCUUUAAGCGGCAUGAUGAUGCGUUGAGGAGGUGGGGAACUUCCCCGACGGAAGUGAUGAAGAAAAUCAACAUCUCCGCCAUGCCUGGUGCGAAGAACCCCCAAUGCUGUGAUCCAUGCCGUGCGACGGGAUCUUGCCACAAUGCAGCCGAUGCAUGCGGACAGGCCGCGAAUGCACUCGAGGUAAAAAGGAAACCAAAUUUCGACAGGCAAAGGGUCGGGCGACCGUUGCUAGUUGACUUUGUACUCGAAAGCGGAAGCGACCAAGUGGAUAACUCGACCCAGACGGCAACCAAUGUGCUGUCGCCUGCCGGAAGUUUGCAUAGUUAUGCUGAGUCAAAUCCUAUACCGGAAAGGCUGUCUCCCGGGUCCUCAUAUACCGCCCCGUUGCCGCAGUAUGGUCUCUCAAACCACCAAGUAAAUACGAGCAGUAGUGCUGUUUCGCCAACAUUCCCGGUGGUGGGCACGCCUGAACGAUCAAAUCAGCGGCCAUGGCCCUUGAGAGAUCCCGAAGAGGCGCGUUUGUUGCAACAUUUUGUGGACAAAGUUGCACCUUUCUUCGAUUGCACGGACCGGCAGCAGCAUUUUGCCAUCCAUAUCCCUUACAGAGCACGCCGAUGUGAGACUUUGUUCAAUGCGAUACUGGCCAUGUCAGCUCGUCAUUUGAAUCGCACAACGGCUUUUGACCCUUUUGUAUCAGACCGCUAUUACCAAGCAUGUCUGGAAAAGUUGAUCCCUGCGCUGAAUGAUCACGGUGUUACAAUGGACGAUGAUUUGCUGGCUGCGACUGUAAUUCUACGUUUGCUGGAAGAGUUUGAUGUCCCACUCGCUGGGUCCGAUAUUCGAGGCCACUCCUUCGGGACAAAGGCUUUCAUACGGUCCCCAUCAAUGAUUACCACAACCUCAAGUCUACGACAGGCUGUCUACUGGAGUGGCUUGCGCCAGGAGAUUUACAAUUCUCUCAGCCUCCACCAAACUCCAGACAUUGAGCUGAGAUCCUUGGACUUGAAUUCACACUUUAACUCGCUGGGCCCUGGUGCAGGUGAUUGCGCAUGGGCAAAUCAAGCAAUCACUCAUUGUGCCCACGUUUUGGUGUUUUGUUUCGGGGAGGGACCUCGCUCGGCGGCUGUGCAUGCAGACCUUAAGGUGCAUAAUCAGCAAUGGAGUGAGACUCGGCCAGACACUUUCGACCCUUAUUUUGUGGGUGAGGACGGGGAGGUGGGAACUAAAUUCCCCGACAUUCGUUACGGGUGUCCCUGGCAUGCAAUCGGCAAUCAAUAUAUCGAUCUUGCCCAGAUUCUGCUUUCCGUGCAUGACCCAACUCUGCCUACGGUUGGACCUCUUCGCCGGCGUCUGAUUCAGGAGGCUGAUGAGGUUCAGGAUCAUAUCCGCAGCGGGGUUUGGAAAGUCUGCGGCGCUUCAUUGUCUAAUGCCUCUGUGCCGCCAGCCAUGGUUGUCGGGUGCAUGGCAAUCCAUCUCUGCGGCGAUCGCUUCACGGACCCACAUGAACAGGACCAUUUGAUCCAGGUCCUUAUCCAAACCGAUAAACUCCACGGCUGGCCAACUCACGCGCUCCAGCGACAGCUUCGGGAGACGUGGGGCAUGUGUUGA